AUGACAAGAUCUCAUAUGGGCCUCCUUUGUCUCCUCCUCUCCCUACUGAACAUCGCCACUUCUCAGGAUGAUGCGACAAUCAUGCAAACCCUCAGAUUGAGUCUGAAACUCACAUCACACGGCAACUGGUCAAAGUCUAACCCUUGCGAAUGGGACCACGUCCAGUGCGACGGAAGCAACCGGGUCACGAAGAUCCAGUUCACGCAGAACGGGAUCCAAGGGACUCUCCAUCCUGAUAUCGGGAAGCUCACUGAGCUCAGUCAUCUCUCGGGUCUAAAGCAUUUACAGACGCUGAAUCUUCACGACAAUCUCUUCGAUUUGGCGCCGACGAACCUCUUCUACGGGAUGAACUCGCUACAAGAAGUCAACAUCGACAACAAUCCCUUUCCUGCUUGGGAGAUUCCGGAGACUGUCAAAGAAUUGAAGUCUCUCAAGAACUUAUCUCUAAUCAACUGCAACGUCACGGGUUCGAUUCCUGAUUUCUUCAGCUCCGAGACGCUCCCGAGCCUUGCCUCUUUAAAGCUUUCUCGGAAUAACUUACACGGAGUGUUGCCUUUGAGCUUGGCGGGCUCGUCGUUGCAGCAGCUCUAUCUCAACGGGCAGAAGCUCAACGGUUCAAUCUCGGUGUUGCAGAACAUGACAUCUCUCGUCGAGAUUGAUCUGCAAGGCAACGAAUUUUCAGGUCCCAUCCCUGAUCUCUCUGGUCUAAAGCAUUUACAGACGCUGAAUCUUCAAGACAAUCUCUUCAACUCGAAUCCGGAGACUCUCUUCUCCAAGAUGAACUCAUUACAAGAAAUGUACCUUGACAACAACCCUUUCCCUUCGUGGGGGAUUCCUGAGACCGUUAAGGAAGCGACGUCUCUCAAGAAUCUCUCCCUCGCCAACUGCAGCCUCACAGGUUUGAUUCCUGAUUUCUUCAGAUCUGAGACGCUCCCGAGACUCGUUUCGUUAAGGCUAUCUCGGAACAAUCUCUAUGGAGGGUUGCCUGAGAGCUUAGGACGCUCGUCGUUAGAGCAACUCUAUCUCGACUGGCAGCAUCUCAACGGGUCAAUCUCGGUGUUACAGAGCAUGACUUCUCUCGUCGAGUUUAAUAUCCGAGAUAAUUUCUUUUCAGGUUUCAUCCCUGAUCUCUCUGGUUUGCAGUCUCUAAAACUGUUCGAUGUUAGAGAUAAUUACCUCACCGGCCUUGUCCCACCGUCGCUCACUGCUCUCAAAAAUCUCACUGUCGUGAAUUUAAGUAAUAACUACAUUCAAGGACCGAUGCCGUUAUUCCAGAACUCAGUCAAAGUUGAUGCAAUUUCGGGUAGAUUCUGUCAGGAGACUCCUGGUACUCCGUGUGAUCCACAAGUCCAGAUAUUGAUUUCUAUAGCUGAGUCGUUUGGAUUUCCGUUGAAGCUUGCCAAGGGUUAG